UUUCUCCGAUCUGUGAUCAUAAAUACCCACUUUGAAUUUACGUCUUGUCAUAAGACGGUUCUAUACAAGAGUCGCUCCAAACCCGAACAUGGAAAAUAAAAGUUUAGUUGGGCCGAAGCACACGAUUGCAUAAUCCCACCAGUCCCAUGGCCAAACCCGAUGAAUAAUAAAAACCAAAAAAAUACGAGUGGCUCUGUAAAUUCUAGAUUAAAAUCCUCUUUCAAUUUGGGAUAUUUUCAACGAGUGGCGCGGAUCGUUUUUAAUUUUUUUCCCUUUAAACCUCUCAACACUUUCAAUCUAUAAAACUCAUCCAAAAUUUUAUAAUUUCUGAAUUUAAUUUAUUGUUCAUUAAUCAAAUUAUUCGCAGAAAUAAUGAGCAUGAAAGCUCUUCAAGCUUCAACCGCUUACAGCUUCCCUAUUUCCUCUCCUGUAACUCCUCCAAGACACUACUCCCAGUCCCGGACUAUUAUUCGUGCUCAAGUCGAUCCUUCAGAGAAAUCUAUUGAAAUUAUGAGGAAGUUCUCUGAACAGUUCUGCCGCAAGUCAGGAACAUACUUCUGUGUUGAUAAAAGUGUUACUGCUGUUGUUAUAAAGGGCUUAGCAGAACACAAAGACACAUUAGGUGCCCCUCUUUGUCCUUGCCGGCAUUAUGACGACAAGGCCGCUGAAGCAAAUCAAGGUUUCUGGAACUGCCCAUGUGUGCCAAUGAGGGAGAGGAAAGAGUGCCACUGCAUGCUUUUCCUAACUCCUGAGAAUGAUUUCGCUGGAAAGGAUCAGACGAUUUCCUUGGAAGAAAUACGGGAAGUGACAAAAAACAUGUAAUCUUACAUUCAGAAUGCUCUUCUGCGUAGUCACUAUAGGUCUAUAUGAGAGGAUGCCAAUAACUGUUGUACUUUAUGCUGUACAUUCUCAUACUUUCUAGAGCUUUGUCGUCUCUAACUUUAAACUUUAUCGAGGUAUAUACAUAUAUGGCCAUACUCGACGUAUCUGACUUAUGCAUUCAGGUUUUUUACUUGGCUACUAUGCCUUUGAUAGUCAGCUAUCUCUGAUUUUUAUGCAA